CGCGCUUCCCCUCGAACCCCGAGAGCACGCGCGAACGAAACCAUGCCGUCUCGAAACGAGAUGCCCGCGCGCGCGCGCGCGGAGCGCAUCCCGCUCCUCAGCGGCGCGAUGUACGACCCCGAGAUCGGCGCGAUCGCGGGCGCGAGCCCGACGAAUUCCAAACCUAAAUCGUCGCGAUCGUUCGUCGCGCGCCACGCGACGCCGCUGUCGCUCGCCGCGUGCGGCGUCCUCGGCACCGUGCUCUUCCUCAGCGGCAGGGCGCAUCACCCGGCGACUCCGGGCUCCGCGCUCGGCGCGGUCACGGACGCGCAGAUCGCGGCGGCGAUGACGAGCGAUCUGCCCCCGACGACGACCACCCCGGACGUCGUCGCGGAGACGACCACCCCGGACGUGGAGACGACCACCCCGGACGUGGAGACGACCACCCCGGACGUGGAGACGACCACCCCGGACGUGGAGACGACCACCCCGGACGUGGAGACGACCACCCCGGACGUGGAGACGACCACCCCGGACGUGGAGACGACCACCUCAGACGUGGAUACGACCACCCCGGACGUGGAGACGACCACCUCAGACGUGGAGACGGAUCCGGCCCCCGCGCCGGACGCCACCGAGGCCGCGGCGGACGAACUCACCACGCAAUCCAUGGACGAGCUCGCGACUCAUGACAACGACGUCGCCGCGGAACCCUUGGACUCCGCCCCGGACGCGGACGUGGACGUGGACGUGGACGAGCCCGAGCCCGCGCCCGAGCCCGCGCCCGCGCCGUUGGUCGAACCCGUGCCCACGCCCGUGCCCGAGCCCGCGCCCGUGCCCGCGGACGAUCACAUGCCCGCUCUCGUGCGCGAGCCGGCGAUGCUCCCCGACGGGUUCGGCGCGAAGCUCGAGGAGAUCGGCGACAUCGAUCACGGCGUCCGCUUCAUCGAAAAGUGCGGCGUCCCGAAGGACAUCGUGGACUACCUCGGCAAGGACGCGUCCAAGAUGGACACGCUCGGGGACUGGAUGGCGAACCACAGGGCGUACCACGACUUCGACGCGAGCACGGAGCUCAAGGAGAUGGAGCGCGCGUGGAAGGCGACCGGCAAGUGCCACGAGGAGGACGACCACGUCUCCGACGACGACCACGACGAUCACCACGACAACGACCACGACCACGACCACGACCACGACCACGACCACGACGACGACGAGCCGACGGACCCGCGCGCGUUCACGAAACUCCACUUCCCGGGACUCACCGACGAGGAGGCGGACUGCGCCAAGUUCCUCGAGAUCGACGGACACGCGGCGGUCAAGUGCGAAGACGACACGGCGGCGUGCACGUCCGCGGCGUGCACGAGGUUCUUCGCGAGGUUGAAGAACCACGGCGGCGGCGACGAAGCGCCCGCGGCGGAGACGCCGACGGAGACGCCGACGGAGACGCCGACGCCGGCCCCUCCGGCGCCGGUCGAAGCGCCCGCCGACGCCAACGCGACGACGCUCAGCGCCGCCGACGUCGCGCGCGCGACGGGCGUCGAGCUCAAGCGCGACGAGGCCCAAGACAUCGCCGCCGCGGACGCGGCGCAAAAGGCGUACGAAGCCGCGGACGCGGCGCUCGUCUCGGCGAAGGAGAAUGUUGCCCCCGCGAGACAACGCGCGAAGAAGAUCAUAAUGGAGGCGAAGGCGAACGCGACGAAGAUCGUCCACGCCGCGCAAACGGAGCUCGACGCCGCGAAGGCGGCGGAGUCUCACGCCGCGACCGCCGCGGAGGCGGCGGAGGAAGCCGUCGCCGCGGCGUUCACGCACGCGUCCAAGUGGCACGAGCAAGCGGCGGUGCCGAAGGAUGCGAAUCUCGGCGACGACGACCACGACCACGACCACGACCACGACCACGACCACGACCACGACGACGGCGACGCCGCGCCGGGGAUAGAGGCCAUCCACGCCAUGAUGAACCACGGCCCCGGCGCGACGACCGGAGGCGACGGGACGACGCCCGACUUCCACUUCAUGGCUGACCGCGUGAAAGCCGCGAAAGAGGCGCAGGAGAAGCACCAAGCCGCGGUCGCGGCGACGACGGCCGCGCGAGCCAAGCUCGCCGCCGCGCUCGCCGAGGCGGAGAAGAUCAUGAGCGCGGCGACCAAGGAGGCGACGCGCGUCGUCGACGCCGCGCUCGCCGCCGUUCGCGCGGCGAAGAGCGCGGAGAUUCAAUCCGCGGCGGACGACAAGCGCGCGCUCGAGGCGGCCGCGAUGGCGCUCCAGCACACCGCGAACGACGUCCACGUCGAGGCGAUGCAAAUGUCCAAUUCCUCCGGGCCUCCGGAGCUGUGCCGCGACGUCGGCGAGCUGCCGCCGGGGUUCGGCAAGGUGCUCGAGAAGCACGGCGGCGUGAAGGACGGCGACGCGCUCGUCGCCAACUGCGGCGUCCCGAAGGACAUCGUGGACUACCUCGGCAAGGACGCGUCCAAGAUGGACACGCUCGAGGACUGGAUGGCGAACCACACGGAGUACCACGACUUCGACGUCUCAACGGAGCUGCUGGCGAUGGAGGCGACGUACGCCGCGACGGGGCACUGCUUCGACGCGCACGACGUCGCGCCGGAGCCCGCGAACGCGACCGCGACCGCGCCCGCGAACGCGACCGCGCCGGAGGAGGAGAAGAAGGAGGAGGAGAAGGGCGUCGUCGGCGGCAUCAAGAAGCUCUUCCACCUCGGCUGA